AUGGCUAGCCAAACGCAGGGAAUUCAGCAAUUGUUGGCCGCCGAAAAGCGCGCAGCAGAAAAAGUAGGCGAAGCAAGAAAACGAAAGCAACGGCGCUUGAAACAGGCGAAGGAAGAGGCACAGGAUGAGAUCGAACGAUAUCGUCAGGAACGCGAGAGGCAGUUUAAAGAGUUCGAGGCGAAGCACAUGGGAAGUCGCGAGGGUGUGGCGGCCAAGAUCGAUGCCGAUACGGCCAGCAAGAUCGUCGAGAUGAAUCGUUCCAUUUCGGUCAAUAAGGCAGCGCUGCUCAGCGAAAUCCUCACGCUUGUGUACGACAUAAAGCCGACGGUGCAUAAAAACUUCCAAUACACCAAGUAA